AUUCCGAAGAGACUCUUCAACAUUUCUCUCUCUCUGGCAUCAAUGGCUAUGUUCUCUCACCGUCUCCGACGAGCUUUAGUCACGGCAACUUCAUCUUUUAACCGAUCAAUCUCCCUCUCUCCGGCUACCGUUGCGCCUCCCACCGAAUUCCCUACUGUAUCGACGGUGCUACAGAGAUCCGUUUUAGGGCGUUUCACGGGAGCUACUCAAGCUCCGGUGAGGCUUUUUUCGACGAAGCAAUAUAAGCUUUACAAGGAAGGCGAUGAAAUCACGGAAGACACUGUGCUGUUUGAAGGAUGUGAUUAUAAUCACUGGCUCAUCACCAUGGAUUUCCCCAAGGAUAAUCCUUUGUCUCCUGGGGAAAUGGUCGCUACCUACGAGCAAACUUGUGCCAGAGGGCUUGGUAUCAGCUUGGAAGAGGCCAAGCAGAAGAUCUAUGCUUGUAGCACAACCACUUACCAAGGUUUUCAGGCAAUUAUGACUGAACAAGAAUCAGAAAAGUUCAAGGAUCUACCCGGAGUGGUCUUCAUAUUGCCAGAUUCCUACAUUGAUCCCGUGAACAAAGAGUAUGGAGGAGACAAAUACGAGAACGGAAAGAUCACACACAGGCCACCACCAAUUCAUCAUAACAGGAGAACCCGUGAUAGGUUCAAUCGUCAAGGAGGAGGAGGAGGUGGUCAACAAAACUUCCAAAGAAACCCACAGUAUGGUCAGCAACCGCCAUUGCAAGGUGGUGGAGGGGGCUACGGUGGUCCUCAGCAAAGCUAUGGCUCUCCAGGACAAGGAACUCAAGCUCCUCCUCCACCAUAUCAGGGAGGUUACAACCAAGGCAGGACUGGACCUCCACCACCUCCAUAUCAGGGGGGUUACAAUCAAGGUCAGGGAUCUCCAGUACCUCCAUACCAAGGGCCACCAGGCGGAUACAGUCAAGGCGGAUCUGGGAACUAUAACCAAGGGCCACCAGGAGGUUACAGCCAAGGAGGGCCUAGGAAUUACGGUCCACAGGGAAAUGGAAACUACGGUCCUGCACCGGGAGCUGCAAAUCCUGGAUAUGGUCAGGGAUAUUCUGGAGCUGGACAAGUGCCGAAUCAGCCAUUUCCACAGGUAGAUCAGAGGAACCCAGACUGGAACAACAAUAAUACAGCAGGCCAACCGGGAUCUGACCAAUUUCCACAGGGAAGAAGAUACUAGACAGAGACAUGAUGCUUGCUGCUGUGAAUUGAGCUGAAUAAGGAGAGAAGUAUCAAAGGGCUUUUAUUAAGUUUUAGAGUAAAUAGUUUGUUAGUCAUCUUUCUACUUUAUAAGACAAGAAUUAUUCCCUUUUCUCCUAAGUUGAGCUUUGUUUAACGUUGUUGGUUGCAUCUGUUAACUUAAAUACUCUUGCAAAACGUUCUUUCACGAUCCAAUCUGCCUAUUUUACUUGAGAUUUUUUUUA